UAGUAGUAGUAGUGCCAGUGCCUAGUAUGCCUAGUGGCGGACGACGGUCGUGACGCACCAUCGGUAGACCAUAGAUAGUCUAUAGAUUUACGGCGCCCUGUGUAUGUGUAUAUGUGCGCGCGUUUUUUCCGCCGAGUGCUUCAUCGACCACCCGUGAACGAUACGCGCGCGACGCCCACCCCUUUGGCCGAAACUCACUCAUCCACAAUAAUAAUAAUAUUAACAAUUGAUAAUUAUUGUUUCGAUCGGGUCUUUGAACAUAAAAAUUCAUAAAUCGCUUUGAAUAUUUUUGAAAAAUUUUUUUGUUGCCUUUGCGGGCUUUCAAGGAAAACUUAACUUUUUUUUUUUAUCUUUUAGAAAAUAAAACACACCCGAUUUUACUAUAAAGUGUGGCCGCGAGUUUUAAAUUCGAAAUUUUACUCACUGAUUGUACUAGACCAAGACAAGGGAAUAAUCCAAAACGGGUUUCGGCGAGGUGAAUGAAACCGUGGAAGGGGUUAUGAUUGGAAUGGAGCUCGGUCUUGGGCAUCAUGGGGGCUCAUUACACCCUCACAACAUGCCACAACAUCAAAUGCACACUCAAAGUUUGAUGCAUCAAUCCCAACAACAAAUGCACCACGAAGAUGGUAAAAAGAAAACGGGAUCGGGAAAUAUUAGCAGCAGUAGCAGUGUCAAUGGAUUUUCGCAAGAAGGUCAUGGCGGUGUAAAUCAACUGGGAGGGGUAUUCGUCAACGGUCGGCCGUUACCAGACCUAGUAAGGCAGAGGAUAGUCGAGCUGGCCCAUAAUGGCACUAGACCUUGUGACAUUUCUAGACAGCUUAGAGUAUCCCACGGAUGUGUGUCAAAAAUUUUAUCCAGAUAUUAUGAAACUGGAAGCUUCAAAGCUGGAGUGAUAGGAGGAAGCAAACCCAAAGUAGCCACAGCACCUGUUGUAGACUCUAUAGCAAAUUACAAAAGAGAAAAUCCAACUAUGUUUGCUUGGGAAAUUCGAGAUAGAUUGUUGGCCGAAGGAGUUUGUACUCAAGACAACGUACCAAGUGUUUCUUCAAUCAAUAGGAUUGUUCGAAACAAAGCCGCCGAAAAAGCGAAACACGUUCACAACCAACAACAGCAACAGAAUCAGCAUCAUCAGCAAAACAGCAAUAGCAACGGCAGUACGGGUCCACCAUCAAAUCAACAGCUUCAUCAGCAGCAGCAAGGUCCCGUGUCGGUCAUCGCACACGCACCCGCUCCUCAACAAUCGGGCGGACUUCAGCAACAGCACGAUCGGUACAGCAUCAAUGGUAUUCUGGGUAUACCACAACAUGACCCUAACGGCAAUGUGACUACGGGGAAACGAAAACGCGGUGACCUUGACCAUCACCAUCACCACCAUCAUCAGCAACAUCAUCAUCACGGAGGCGACGAAAACCGAGAUUUAAAUUCGGAAAACCAUCAGCAAAUCAAGAGAGAACGAUCUCAGUUGCAUUACAACGGCGGUGACGCUUCUCUGUAUUCAAAUGUAUCUCUUUGGCCGGGUAAAUGGUGUUUAAAAGAUGAACACAAACUAUUUUCUGAACUGAGUGCCGGUGUUACGUCAGGCGGUGGAACUUCGCCGUUCUACGAUGCUAACCAAACAGCAUUUUCUGCCGCUCCUCUGACGGCUGACCUUUACGAGACUAUGACACAACCUCAACAGACACAAAACACAACACCGGUAUACACACCGCCUGUACCCACUUCGCUCGUAGGCGGAGUCACUCCUUUAGCUCCUUUGACCAUGCAGGAAAUUCAAAAGAUGAGUCCAGGUACAGUUUUAGUGGAUCAUUCUCAUUUGUCGCCCGUGCAAUAUCACACAGACAACGGAACACCAGGUGGGUUUAGUAACGACGGGGGAGCUGGUGGGCCUCAGUCCGGCGGUGGUGGCGGCGUUACCUUAUCGUCACUGUCUGCAGACGUUACGCCCGCCGGGUCUCCUGAUCCGUCCAGCUUAACCGUUUUGCAACCGGCCAACAAUGGCCAGAACGGCGCAGUAUACGCUGCCGCGGCACCAACCAUGUUGCCCGGUUUUGCCACACAUUAUAGCACAGGCGCUGGCACUGAAUACGCGUCUUACACUAGUUCGCCGUAUACGCAAUACUCACCGUCGCCGUAUGCCGGUUACAGUUACAGCACCACUGGUACCAGCGGUCUUCUCAAUCACCGUUAUUACUACAACAACAACACCACCAACAAUAAUAACAAUGGUGUGCAUGAAAUAUGUGGCAAUGAAACUGGCAGUAGUGCGAGUAUGGCAGCCAGAUCUCCUGUAGCGGCUACUCGAGCAAACUCGGCAGCUUGCGCAAGUGCUUCUUCGCCACUGGGCAGUGCGUCGUCACCUUGUCAAGCGAACAAUUCUGGCGUGGCAGUCACUUCACCUUAUAUCGGUAUCAGUUAAAAAUACGUUUUUGAUAACACAAAUUUUGCUAAUAUGCUUUAGUACAUCGAAAUGAGACACCGUCAAAAGCUGAAAUAGUUAUUUUUAAUAUUGUAAUUAUUGUUGUAAUAUAAUAUUGUAUAAUUUUAUGGAUACUAAAAACAUGUAAUAUGUAAAUCAUCAAAAUUAUUGGUUAUUAUCUUUGAAUACCAUUAAUAUUAUCAUUGUAUAAAAUGUAUUACUAUGACUUUUAAUGAUACAUACAUUGUGACUUAUAAUUUAACUACUGAUAUUUUCGUGAUUAUUACUUUAUGAACGAGUUAAUAUUAUAUAUAUUGUAUUCUAAAAAUGAUCGUCAUGUAAUUUUUUCCUUGUUAGUCUACUUGUCCUAUUUUUUCAUCGUAGUAAACCAAAGAUAUUAUUAUAGUGCGUUGUUAUUUGUACAGAAUCAGUUGAAUAAUAAUUAUUACUAUACAAAGUUUAUCUUAAUGACAAUUAAUUGUAACAUUUCUACCAAUUCUAUUUAAAACUUGAUAGAAAUUUUAUAAAAAAAUUCUAUUGAAUUUAUACUAACUCAAUGAAGUUGACCGUUUAAUACAAAUUAUAUUAAAAACUUUCAUGAGUUUUCUUUAUUUAUAAAAUAUAAUUCUAAAACAAAUCUGAUCAAAUUUUUGACGAAGUUCUCUCUUAAAAAAUAUUUUAAUAAUUUUAAAAAAGUUUCUUUAAACAAUACAAUUCUAGUCUAUUUUAAUUUAAUAAUUUUAUCAAAUCGAGGCAAUAAUACUUUGUUAAAAAAAUUAAUCUAAGAUUUAUCAAAUUUUUAUUGUCCUCAAGACAAAAUAAGUGCAAUGUCAAUGUAAGUUUUAUAAUUGUAAUUUAUUUCUUUAUUAUUAUUUUUUUAUGCAUAAUUGUAAAAUUUGUAAAUCAUACUUGAAUACUUUUAUUUGAACUUUAAAUCGAACACACCCUAGUCAGUAAGUGAUGCUUCAAUGCACUGAUCCAUGCACAUUAAGUGGUUUUGUACUUAACAAUUUAAAAAUAUAUUAAGCAACUUCUAUUUAUGAAUUUAUGCAUUGAAAUAUAUGCAAAUCGUUUAUUUCAUUAGAAAAAAUGUACGUGUUAUUUUUUUUUUUUAUCUUUUUUUAUAUAAAUUUAAAUUGUACCAUAAUAAUAAUCAUAUUAUUGUCAUACAACAAGUAUUUAAUAUUGUAAUGUAGAUUAUUCAUGACUUCAAACGUUUUAUGUAAUUAGAUAAUUAAAUUAUUUGUGUUAGAAAUUCGACCAGUUAUACUGUAACUACCAAAGAAUAUUAUUACUGUUCAUCCAAGUAUACAGUUAUUAUAAAACAUGUGUGAAGUUGAGUAUAAACGUAAAUUUGUUGUACUGUGGUCAAUAUUAUAAGAUCUAAAUAAUUGUACUAAAAAAAAUAUAUGAUGUAAAAACCAAAUUAUUAUUAUUUUAAGAUAAUAAAGAAGUAUGUUCGUGAAAAUUUUUAUUGAUCACAAUUAUUUAGUGUACUUU